AUGGUGGUCAAGAAUCAGAAAGUCAACAUUUUGAUCUUCAUAUUCAUCACAUCUAACUUAUUGUUUGCAGCUCAAUCGAAUUCAUGGAUUGGUUCCAAAUACCAAAUCGAAUGUACAAUGUGUGCUGCUUGUGAUAAUCCAUGCAGCCCACCCACCUUCUCUCCACCACCACCGCCACCACCGUCGCCUUCUCCACCGCCACCGUCCAUUCCCAAACCCUCCCCACCGACAUCAGUCGAAUGUCCUCCACCGCCUGCUUCCCCUAGCUCCGGUGGAAGUGGUGGUGGAAGUGGCUACUACUACCCACCUCCACCAAACUCCGAUCAGGGUCCUUACUACACCUACCCACCACCGUACAGCAAUUACCCGACACCAGGACCACCCAACCCAAUUAUGCCAUACUUCCCUUACUACUAUUACAGCCCUCCACCACCUGGACCUUCCGCCGCCGUCUCACUUCCCGGUGCUACCACCCUGUUCUUACUCAGCUUCAUUUUAAUCUUCUUCUUUUAG